AUGAUGGAGGAGGGGUGGGGGUGGUGUGUGUCCCUGCCACCCCCAAGGAAGAAGGAAGGAUUUCCUGGCCCAGACCCUCCAAGGUGCCCCCAACCUUUGUGCCAACAGACAUUUGCCUUCUCUGUGUGCUGGUCGGAUGGCAGCGACACCUUCGUGCGCAGGAGCUGGGAUGAAUUCAGGAAGCUCCAUAAGAGCCUCAAGGAGACCUUCCCGGUAGAGGCGGGCCUACUGCAGAGAUCCGACCGCGUUCUCCCCAAGCUUCCCGACGCAUCGCUGUUGGUGCGCGGGGGGCGCACAGGCCGUGGCCUGGCUCGCCUGCGGCUGCUGGAGACCUAUUCCCGGUCGCUGCUGACCAUGGUGGCGCGCGUGUCCCGGAGCCCAGCCCUCAGCGACUUCUUUGCACCACAACCCCUGGACCUGGAGCCCGCGCUGCCAGCCGGCAGUCUGCUGAUCCUGCCAGCUCCCGAAGAGCCCCUAGGCCGCCCGACGGACACCCUGGCCAUCCGUGGCCUGGAGGCUCAGAGCCUGCGCUGCCUGCAGCCCUUCAGCACCCAGGACAUGCAAGGCCGCCCCUUCCACGCAGGGGCCCGGGAGGUGCUAGACGUGCUGCUGCGGCACCCCUCAGGCUGGUGGCUGGUGGCCAACGAAGACCAGCAAAUGGCGUGGUUUCCUGCUCCGUACCUGGAGGAAGCAGCCCCCGGCCCACAACAGCAGCCCUUAGGGAGCAGUGGGUCUCAGUUCUGCGCUUCCCAAGCCUAUGAGAGCAGCCACGCAGACGAACUCUCCGUGCCUGCCGGGGCGCGCGUGCGCGUGCUGGAAACGUCGGAUCGGGGCUGGUGGCUCUGCAGGUUCGGCGGACGCUGCGGUCUCCUUCCCGCUGUACUGCUGCGACCUGAGGGGCUGGGCGCGCUCCUGAGUGGAUCAGGGUUCCACCGCAAGGAGGACAGUGAAGACGCCAGGGUGGGAGAUCCCCAACGUCCCCCAGAGACCCCCCAAGGCACAACGCCACCCCCUACGGUGCCCACCCGCCCUCCGCUCAGUGCCAUUCGUAGCCGCUGCUGUACCAUCACCCGCAGGGCGCUGGCACGGAAGGACCCUCUCCAGGGCGAGUGGAGCUGCGCAGAGGGCAGGCCCAAAGCUCCAGACCCCGGGGAUGACCGACGCUAG